AUGAACGGAACGAAUGACAAACACGGUGGAUCAAAUCUCACUGAUACUCCGAUGGACUGUAUGAGGAAGAGUGUAAAGAGAGCAAAGAACGGGGAGGAGUUUUCCCCUGAUUCCUCGAAUAGAGGAGCUAGCUUGGGCAAUUUGCUGGACCGAUUCCCAUCGGGUAAACCCAAAUCUUUUGCAGAAGCUCUUCGUCAGGAAGGAAGCGUACUGGGGGAGGAAGACUCAUGGCAUGAAGAGCAUGAAGAGGAAGAAGGUGAGCCCCUGGACCCUAAGCUUGGUGUUAUAAAUGAACUGGGCUUCCAAACCAUUUAUGGGGAGGAUGGAUCGGUUCGCUUUCGCUGUACAAAGGAAGCAAAACAGAGACUCAGAGCUCCCUGGAGAAAUGCGAUUAUUGUGAAGCUUCUGGGGAAAAGGGUUGGAGUCAUGUACAUGAAGACGAAGCUGGGAAAUCUAUGGGCGAAAUCUGGUUCCAUUACAGUAGCGGACCUGGGCAACGAUUUUUUUUCUGUAAAAUUCUCAAGUUUAGAGGAUCUGAACCUGGCUUUGAACGAAGGUCCAUGGGUCCUAAUGGGGCAUUAUUUGGCAAUCAGAAAAUGGGAGCCUUUCUUCAAUCCCCACAAAGCAAAUAUUCAUCGGGUGGCAGCUUGGAUUCGGCUUCCAGGUAUUCCUCUGGAAUUAUGUGUAAUUCCUGUUUUGAAGCUUAUUGGAAACUCUAUUGGUAAAGUCCUAAAGAUUGACAAAACUACAUCUUUGGGGGAUAGAGGGAAAUUUGCGAGAUUAUGUGUUGAAUUGGACCUAUCUAGUCCGUUGAGAGGAGAAUUUAUCCUGGAGGAAGAGGUGUUUAAGGUGGAAUAUGAGGGCCUCUAUCUGAUCUGUCUUCAAUGUGGAAAGUACGGUCAUAACUCUGAAACAUGCCCGGAUGCUGUGGAAAUUGAUGAGUCCAACAAGACUAAAGAACCGAUGACAGAAAAAGAGGUAAAUACUGCUAACUAUGGCGUGGGACCGUGGAUGGUGGUUCAGAAAAAAAAAUUCCAAAGAGUCAACAGAGCAAGAAAGUAG